AGGAUUCACGUAACAUCUAGGGAUUUUCCCUCUGCUUUUGUCCUUUUUGCCUUCGGUUAUGAACGUUGUAUUUGACAUAUAUAGCUAUCACAAACGUUAGCCCAUUCCUGCCAUUUGUUUCACUCUGCCAGGGUAGCAUAACGAUGACUCUGUUCCUGCUUUUGUCCUCUCAAAGCUGAAGGCUGAUCGGUAUUUUCUUCAACGGGCUUCACCUAUAGUUUACACUCGUCCUGCUAUAAAUUAUAAAUAAACUGAAAGAAGAGUUGAACGUUUUUUCUUGCUGGGUAACUCGCAGAAACACUACAAAUUCAGAGGAUCAUGUCUAAGAAGUGAGAAACGGCGAUGGAAGGGAAAGGCCCGUACCGCAUCUAUGAUCCAGGCGGGAGUGAGGUUAAGGCCAGGGAGCAGGCCGGGGCGGGCAGCAGCUACCGACAGCUGCUGGAGGAGAACAGCAUGUUGAGGGAGAGGAUGAAGGGUCUUAAGAGUCUAGGUGAUUUGCUGGAAGAGUCUCAGACCGAGGCAUCAAGGCUGCGGCAGCGAGUGGAGGAACUAGUGAGAGACAAUGAAGCCCUGAAGUCCUCCAGCUUUGUUGCCAGUCUCUGUAUGGGGGGACCCAUUCAGAGUGAGACACAAAAGCAAAAGGAGGAGCAAGCAAGCUGUUUAGGAAAAGCCCUACAACCAGAGAAGCCUAAUGAGGCCUCUGCGGAGUUUGAGGUUGUGAAUGUAGAUGGAAAGACUUCAGACGCCUUGACUGCCGGGUCAGUGGCAGGGUUAAUCCCCGUCCUGCCUCAGGAGAACCUCGAGCUAGCCAGCCAGCUGAAGAGACUAGAGAGCUCCUUCAGCAUAUUCGCAGAGGAGUCCAACCCCAACCAGCUCCUGGCUCACCUCGGUCGCAUGGCUGUAGAGUUUCACCAUCUUUCCUCUAAGGUCCAGAAGAAUGAACAGAGGACUUCCCUCCUACAGACUCUCUGUGAGCAGCUCAGACAGGAGAACAAUGAGCUUCGAAAGAAAAUGGAAGAGGAUCAUCAUAUCAGGAAUCAUGACUUGGAUCAUCUGAAACAGGAGAAUCAGAAACUUAAGGAGCUGGUCACAGGAGGAGCAGCGGCAUCAACGACAGCGCUACCUGACACCGAAGCUCCAGAGGCCAAAGAGGAACCCGUGAAGGAAGAGUCAGCCGCUGUGAGACCCAAGAUGGAGGCCACCACACCGCAGAAGAGUGGAAAAGCUGCAGAGAAAACCCCAACUAAGCCUUGUGAUGUUGAGGUGUAUGAAAAGAAGAUCAAGCUUUUGGAGAAGCAGAGAAAGGAUGUACUGGAGGUGAACAAGCAGUGGGACAUUCAGUGGAACUCCAUGAAGUCACAGUUUGAACAGAAGAUCACAGACCUCAGACAACGGCUGGCUGAGUCCCAGAAAACUGUGCUGGAGCUGGAGGCAGAGCGAGAGCAAAGGCAGCGCGACUACGACAAGAAGCUGCUGCUGGCCAAGUCCAAGAUUGAAAAUGUGCAGGGGGAGAAGGAGUGCCUGAACUCUGAGACCACUGAGCUUAAGCAGAAGGUUCGCUACCUGCAAGAUCAGCUGCUACCCCUCAGCAAACAGAGGGAGUACCAGGAGAAGGAGAUCCAACGCCUCAACAGGGCCUUAGAGGAAGCCUUAAACCUGCACACCCCUUCAUCCUCCCAAAAACCACCGGGUCAGGCUAACUUUCCUGAUGCAGCCAAUAACCUGAAGAAACAGGAACUGCUCACUCAAAUUGCUGUACUAAAGGAACAGGUAAAGAUCUUUGAAGAAGACUUCAGAAAAGAGAGAAGUGACAGGGAGCGAAUGAACGAGGAAAAGGAGGACUUGAGGCGGCAAGUUGAGAGACUCCAGGGUCAGAUCACUAAUUUGACAAAUCAGCUUCACCAGGCACAGAACGAGUGUCAGAGAGAACGUACGGAGAGAUGCAAGCUGGAGAGACUGCAGAUGCAGCAUCACAAACAGGUACUGGCUGCAGCUCAGAUCUGACUCUAGAAGUGUUGCCGACAUGUUGAAAUGUGAAUUACAUUGUUGCCGUCAGCCUGGAAAUAAAUAGAUGACAUGUUUGGUCAUACUUUCAAAUCAUUUAAUAAGGGACAAUGCAGUCACUGAGAGUUGGGAUGCGUCAUGCAGGAGGAUAUGAGUCAAACCUUGCAGAAUAGCGCCCCCUUGUGAUAGAAUGCAGUCAUUCAGCCGACUGCAUUAAGUUCUUACACCAAGCCUUACUCAGCAGGUGGAGCGUUCCCACAGUGG